AGCUGGGGGGGGGGCCGCCCGGAGAGGCGUCGGGGGCGCGCGUGGCGCGGCCUGCCACCCCGAGGCUCCCUCCCUCCCCCCCCCUCGGCGGGUGCGGGGGCGGGAGCGCGCGGCCGGCGCGACGGACGGAGCAGCAGCAGCAGCAGGAGGAGGAGGAGGCAGCCAGCGCGGGGACGCGCGCGGCAGUGGGGCCAACUCGCGCCCGACUCCCGCUGGAGCGACCCGGCCGGAGCCACAGCCGCCGGAGCGGACGCGCGGGGCCGGGGGCCAGCCGCCCCACCGGCGAAAGAGGCCCGAGGGCGCCCGCUUGGCAGUACAGCCGAAAGACGCGGCUUGGCAUGUUACAAUGGAAGGACAACACAACCAUCCACACCAUCUGGGGGACCAGAACCUACUGUGUAAAGUGGCAAGCUCAGAAUAUCAGCAUGACACGCAAAGACACCUCUAUCGCUGCACUUUAGCAGAUUUUCAGAUUGAGAAGAAAAUUGGGCGAGGCCAAUUUAGCGAGGUCUACCGGGCAACUUGUCUCCUGGACCGAAAACCGGUGGCGUUAAAAAAAGUACAGAUAUUCGAGAUGAUGGACGCCAAGGCGAGACAAGAUUGCAUUAAAGAAAUAGACCUUUUGAAGCAAUUGAAUCAUCCCAACAUAAUCAAGUAUUUGGAUUCGUUUAUUGAAGACAAUGAACUGAACAUUGUCCUGGAGCUGGCAGAUGCUGGUGACCUUUCUCAGAUGAUUAAGUAUUUUAAGAAGCAGAAACGGCUCAUCCCCGAACGGACCGUUUGGAAAUAUUUUGUGCAGUUGUGCAGCGCGGUGGAACACAUGCAUUCCCGCAGGGUGAUGCACAGAGACAUCAAGCCAGCCAACGUGUUCAUUACUGCUACUGGAGUGGUGAAGUUGGGAGACCUGGGUCUGGGACGCUUUUUCAGCUCGAAAACCACUGCUGCACAUUCCUUAGUGGGAACACCGUAUUAUAUGUCGCCGGAAAGAAUACACGAAAACGGCUAUAAUUUUAAAUCAGAUAUUUGGUCUUUGGGCUGUUUACUGUACGAGAUGGCAGCUCUCCAGAGCCCCUUCUACGGUGACAAAAUGAACCUUUUCGCCCUCUGUCAAAAGAUCGAGCAGUGCGAUUACCCACCUCUGCCAGCCGAGCAUUACUCCGAAAAGCUGCGGGAGCUGGUCAGCAUGUGUAUCUACCCGGAUCCAGAUCAGAGGCCCGAUAUUGGUUACGUGCACCAGUUAGUGAAACAGAUGCACGUCUGGACGUCCAGCACUUGAAGCGUGGCUCCGCGCGCUGCAAGGAAAACGGUUUCCAGCUUAGUCUUACUUAACUUCUGUCUCAGACGAAACCAAACGGUGCCUCAUCGAACUCAAAAAAGGGUUGGAGUUGAGCCUUCGUAGGAAGAUCCUUCCAUGAUUUCUGUACAGGCGCCCGGCGGGUGGAUCUGCUCCCAGCCACGGCGGCGCGAUGCAGCAGCCAGCAUGAGUUGCCUCUUCCGGAACCGGAUAACAUGUUACCGAUGUAGAUCUCUCUCUUUCUCUUUCUCUCUCUCUUUUUUUUUUUUUAAAAAAAGAUCCUUUCUUCAAACCGUUGUGUGUAAUCUAAGUUAGGCUAUAUAGCAAGGGUUUCUGAUUGGUGUAUUUUGACAUACCCCUUGUAUCUUAACUAAUGUGAAAUAUUGGGAAAAUUAAUUCCUCUGGGAAAUCACUUUAAUCCUAACGUAAGAAUUGCAAUAGGGUUUUUUUCUGGGGGGGGGGGCUGUAAUGUGUAUAACUGCUACUUUGCUUCUUCUAGCAGUGGUUAUUAGCGAGUUCAGUUUUUAGUUCAUGUAUUACCUUUUUUUUUUUUAAACAAACAGACAUCCGACCUGCGUUUUAAUUUGUAUUUCCUUCUGUUGCAAGAAAAGUGGUAUGGGAUGAAUUUUUUUUUUUCCUUACGCAAACCCUUAGAAUGACUAUUUUGCGGUGUGUGUUGUCAACUCUGGCUCCCGAGACCUGGGUGGGCUUCAAACCAAAGGAGUGUCGUGUUUUGUCAUGUGUUUUUUUUUUUUCCUGGCUAAGAGAUUGCCACGGCCGCUACGAGACUCCGUAGCCAAUGACCGCUGGGUACCGUUCUAUAAAUCCCAUCUCUAAGCAGGGUCGAACCCCUAAAAUUCAUGUGGCACCCCCACGGGCCACAAAACCAGGUAGGUCCAAAGGAAAACGGUUGUGAAUUCCCUCCUUCUUUACUGUGAAAACUCAUUUUACCAAUGUGAAUACAUUUUUAAAACAAGCUGAUCUGAAGGAAAAGAAGAAAGAAAAAAAAACCAGACUUAAGCGUUCUGGAGACGCAAGGCUUCAGUGUUUUAGACGGAGCCACUUCCGGGGGGAUCACCAUCCCUUGCAACCAGGAUUCUCGGCCCCAGCUUCGGGAAGGGUAGCCAUUAGCUUUUUUUUCUGCAAGCACUUUUUAGAAGGGGAGGAAACAGUGAGGGGGGGGGGGAGUUUCUCCUGGAAAGAAGAUUAAAAGAUACCACCUACCGGCAGGGGAUUUGGGGUUUUUUUUGCAUCUCCGGGGGCCUUUGAGAAAAAAAGCAGCGGUGCUAAUUAAGUCCCCAGUUUGGAACAAAGGACUUUUAAGAACGGCUGCCCAAGUGAGAAGCAGGAUGGGUGGGAUGUGGGCUGAUGGGAGGCCCAGGACGGAUUUUUCUCGCCAAGACCCUGCAAGUGUCUCCCAACUGCUUAGGCUUACUCUUUCCUUCUUCCGAAAAGCUUUCCACUGCUUUGCAGGCGAGUUUGUGUGUGUGUGUGGAUUGAGUGGGAACGCUACCUAGUUUUGGGGUACAACUUUGAAAACGUUUUGGGCUUAAAAAGAUCGCUCUGCUCCACCUGACUGCACUCUCUCUAUCUCUCACGCGCCACCGUUCAGGUCUCCUGUUAGUGCUUAAGUCGUCGUCCUUUCGCAGAAAAAGGGAAGCGGGGAAAAAAAAGGCAACUAUGCAUUUUUAGGCAAGACUUUCAACCAUUUACCAAAUAAAAGUUUCCUUUGUAAAAAAAA